CUUCCACUCGGCCAAAGAAGCCGUCAACAUCAUUUCUGGGAAAGCUAAAAUCAUGGCGUUGUUCGAGUCAGCAUCGAAGCAAUUUGUCAAAGAUACUGGCAGGCGCUCUUUGCAUGCAGUGCCUGAUUUAAACUCAUCAGAGUGUUGCAGGAUUCUUUGUGUCAUCGAGCGAAAGAAAAGCCGUUGGUUCUGGCGUUCAACCAAGUAUUUGACAACGCCAUUUGUACUGAACGAACUACUGACUGAGCCUGUUGAUCUCAAAGAAAAACAAAAGGAGGAAGUCUUUAUAACAGACUACCAAAAUAAUCCUCAAUUCCAUGUUUCUGGGAAACUUGGAGCCAAAAUUGCCAAGGAUCUGGGUAUAGAUGUAUCAACCACUGACUCUUUUGUGGUCAAGAUGAACAUUGGUGCCGUGAAUAAAACAGAGAUACGUUGGCAAGACAUGUUUUCUGCCCUUAAAGGCAAAAGACUCAAUGUGGAUCAUGAGUUUGUGCAAGCCAUUAUUGCUAGCAAGCGACGGAGCCUCUCUGUUGUAUGUGAGAUGUUGGCUACAACUGGGGACACUAAGAUGGAGUCAGAACUCCAGGUUGAAGGAGAUGCAGACAUAGAGACAACUGGUAUCCCCAUGGCCUCUGGCAAGGUAGAAGGGUCAGUGAAGGACUCUCAUCAGCGCUCAUUCAUUAUCCCUAAGGGUACUGUUCUAGGAUAUGGCUGCUACAGACUGCGCAUUGUUGACAAAGACCAGGGAUCAUUAGAAAUAGAUAUAGACAAAGAACUAGAAGAUAAGGAUGUGACAGAUGCAGUUGAUGGAGCACCAACAGCUGCUCAUCCAUUUGAUCAACCAGAUGGACAAAAUGACUCAGCUCUUAAAUCUGAGUUUAAGACACUGUUGGAAUCGCCUUCAUUUGGGAAGAUCAUUGAGUGUUUCAGAAACAUUCUUGCAUCUCCAGGACAUAUAAAGCCUCUUCGAGACUUGCUGGAAGAUUCUGUGCUUUCGCUUGAAGGUGAAAAAGUCAACGCUCUCAAAGAGGAUGCCUUUUUAGAUUCAAUGGGUCCUUGCCAAGGCUGGAGGGAGCUGUUGGAUAUUAUCGGAUUUCAAUUCAAAGAAGGAAAAAUUCAGUUCCCUAAUGAAGAAUUUAGAGAAAUUGUUUUGCUCUGCAAUGCUCUGGCAGUCUCUUUAUGUGAUCUGUCAGAUGCACAAUGUGCUGCUCUUAAAGAUGUAACCCCUGAUUAUCUGGAGCCAUUGCUAUAUCUAAUACGAAAUGCCAUGUAUGGCAGAAGCACCAAAGAGGAUGAUCCUCAGCUGAAAAGGAUCUUUACCCAUGCAGCAAACCCUGGCAAGAGUUUCUUGCUGUCUCUAGGGUUUGCCCAGGUCACUGAACAGGGUUCAAAGGUACUUGCCCUUAAGCCAGAUCCACUGGCUUCGCUAGAGGACAUUUAUGUGGCUACAUUUGUCAUGUGCCAAAAAUAGAAGUACUUAGAAGUGUACUAGUAGUGAAUAAGGACAAAGGGAAACAUGAAAGACAAAUAAUUACUAGCUACUUGUAAUCAAUAGGUCAUAUCAAAUAGUGUACUGUCCCAAUCAACUCCAGAUUGGACCCUCAGAGAGUUUAGACUACAUUAAGACACUUUAAAUUGCAUAACAAAUAUACAUCCCUUGUGAACUAUUCUCUACUGAGAAGCCACUAAUUGUUAUAGUUCAGAGGGUGACAUACUAUUAUAGGUACUACUGUACAUAGAAAAGUCCUGAAAGACAUAGAAAUAGUGAUUGCUCUGCCCAGCCAUCUUUUAAUUUGGGAUGUAUUCCAGGCUUAGGAUAAAGUGGGUCUGUAGUAAUAUGCUAGUGUGAUGCAUGCUACCAUCAUAGCUAUGUUAGACAAUUUUAAGAACCUUAAGCAUGCAACAAUUUCAUUUUUCAUAAAAAAAACUUCAGUUGUUUUAUGUGUGCUGCAUUUUUUUGUCAUGUUGGUGGGCUAAUGAAGUUUAUGAUGAAAAUCACACAUUUUCGUACAUUUCUUGGCUAGCCCCACAAACUGUGGCUAGAGUAGUGCAGGCCUGUAGCCCAAGGGGGGGUUCGAGGGGUUCUUCCGAACCCCCCACUUGACUAGGAGGGCUGCAAGGUAGGACAAGCUUUCUACGAUAAAAUGGCCCACUUUAUGAGUAAACGAACCCCCUGCUCAUAAUAUUUUUCAUGUUUUCCGUUAAAAAUCAUCGGAGAUUCUUAAGUAAUCGACCGGAAGUAAACUGGUGACAAUGCAGCUUUAAGUGAACUAAUAAAAACAAACAGGAAGCUCUGCUAGCAGGGUAAUUCUCCUCAUCAGGCUAAGAUUAAGAUAAAGAUUUUUUUAGUAUUCUGAGGCUUGGUUGGGUCUCAAUGCAUAUGCAUGUUGUUGAAUAAGCCACUAAAAGCAAUUUAGGUAGGUGUUCCUCACCCCUGUUUAAAAUGUGUAGCACAUUAAUUAUUUAUGAUAUUACAGGCCCAUAGUAAGGGAAUUAUCACUUUACUGUGCAUUCAAUGGGCAAAACACACCUUUCCCUCAAAAUUCUGUCUAUUGGUCUGUAUUAUUAUUUGCUAUUAUCAACUUUUUUAUUCUUUAUUUUUUCUUUAUACAUAAUUAUAUUUUUUAUUCAAAGUAAUAGAGCCAGAGACAGCAAAUAAAACUAUGUGAAAUA